AUGGCGGACGCUGAAGCUGCUGUCAAAUCUGCUGGAGCGGAAGUGUCGCAGGAUGAGUUCAGCGCCCUGCUCCGAGAAGAUGCGAGGUCUCCUGCUCGAAGGUCGUACUGUCUUUCGGAUGAGGCGGAAGCCAUCUACAGCAAAAUGAUGGGCGAUGGAAUAGUUCACAUAGCCUCGGGCGCGCAGGACAUGGACCGGCUCCAAGUGGAGGGCUUCUCACGGCUCAGACCAAACGGCGUCAGGGCGCUUGGCUUCUGGAGCUUUCAGCGGACUAGGCCGGUGGCUCUCUCGGCUUUCUGGAAAAGCCACGUUCCAAAGUGCGGGAGGCGUGCUGAAACCAGAGGCGCUGGGAAGCCUGCGCUGAGGCCAUGA